UGUGUCCUUGGCGACUCGCGCCGUCACGGUCAACCUACGGGUUUCUUUUGGACAAGUGAUUAACCACGGUGUCCACGGAAAGCGUGUUUUGUUGCAGUUCUAGAGAGAAAGACGACGAACAGACAUUAGGACCGUGAGAAAAGGGUGAAAAAGGGUGAUAUACAGCGCGCGUGCGUGUGCAGGUUGGUCGGUGCGUAUGCUACAAAAGGUCACGGUGAAUUAGAAGGUACAGAGGCAGAGUGAAACACGGGGAGACGGCGUGGUUAGAGAGUGGAGGCGAACGGAGAGGAUUCCGCGCAAAAGCCGGCUCCACGGCCGGUCCCCCACUCGCUAACUUGUUGAGUCUCUCUGGGCAGGUGUGCUCUACGAAACUCUCUAGCCAAACCAACCACGAUGACGAAUCUUUUGCUCCUGCUAGCCCUUCUCAGCACCGGCUCCGUCAGGGCCAAUGUUUCCGCGCAGGGAAAUAACGUGCACAACGAUCCUCUAGUGGUGGAGACCACUAGUGGUCUAGUUCGUGGUUUCUCCCGUACUAUAUUGGACAAGGAGGUCCACAUAUUCUAUGGGAUUCCAUUCGCCAAGCCUCCAAUAGGACCACUUCGAUUUAGAAAACCGUUACCCAUAGAACCCUGGCAUGGUGUCCUGAACGCCACAGUGUUGCCCAACAGCUGUUACCAAGAGAGGUACGAAUACUUCCCUGGUUUCCCAGGGGAGGAGAUGUGGAACCCUAAUACCAAUAUCUCCGAAGACUGCUUGUACCUGAAUAUCUGGGUACCACAGAAGCUUCGACUAAGACACAAAGGUUCGGAAUCACCCAGCAAUGGGAAAAAUAACGGUCUACCGCUUUUGGUCUGGAUCUAUGGGGGAGGAUUCAUGAGCGGUACCGCCACCCUGGACGUGUAUGACGCGGACAUCAUGGCAGCCACCAGCAGCGUCAUCAUCGCUUCCAUGCAGUACAGGGUAGGCGCUUUUGGGUUCCUGUACCUGAACAAGCACUUUACCAACAGCGAAGAAGCUCCUGGCAACAUGGGUUUGUGGGAUCAGGCUCUGGCUCUCAGAUGGCUUAGGGAUAAUGCUGCAGCUUUCGGAGGAGAUCCUGAAUUGAUCACAAUCUUCGGAGAGUCUGCUGGUGGCAGCUCCGUGUCCCUGCACCUGAUUUCUCCGGUUACUCGGGGCUUAGUCCGCCGUGGAAUCCUUCAAAGUGGUACCCUAAACGCACCGUGGAGUUACAUGACGGGGGAAAAGGCAAACGAAGUGGCCAGGAUACUGGUUGACGAUUGUGGGUGCAACUCCACGAUGCUUCAAGAGAAUCCAGCCAGGGUGAUGGCUUGCAUGAGGUCCGUGGACGCCAAGACCAUCUCUGUCCAGCAGUGGAACAGCUACUGGGGCAUUCUGGGUUUCCCAUCGGCGCCAACGAUCGACGGAAUCUUUUUACCCAAACAUCCUCUUGACCUCCUCAGGGAGGCUGACUUCACUGACACCGAGAUCCUGAUUGGAAAUAACGAGAAUGAGGGCACCUACUUCAUUCUCUACGACUUCAACGAUAUCUUCGAGAAGGAUCAGGCCAGUUUCCUGGAGCGAGAGAGGUUCCUCGGCAUCAUCAACACCAUCUUCAAGAAUAUGUCUCAAAUCGAGCGAGAAGCCAUCACUUUCCAGUACACCGACUGGGAGGACGCGUACAAUGGCUACAUUUACCAGAAGAUGGUCGCGGACGUUGUAGGCGACUACUUCUUCAUCUGUCCCUCGAUCCACUUCGCGCAACUGUUCGCGGACCGUGGCAUGAAGGUCUACUACUACUUCUUCACCCAAAGAACGAGCACGAACCUAUGGGGCGAGUGGAUGGGAGUGAUGCACGGUGACGAGGUGGAGUACGUGUUCGGGCAUCCGCUGAACUCAUCCCUGGAGUACAGCGUGGAGGAACGACGCCUAUCCUUGAAGAUGAUAGAACACUUCUCCAAGUUCGCCAAUAUGGGGAAACCGACAGACUACGAGUCCGAAUGGCCGCCAUAUUCGAGGGACGAACCGCAGUAUUUUAUUUACAACGCGGAAAAGACGGGUCUUGGUAAAGGACCACGUACCACUUACUGUGCUUUCUGGAACGAGUUUCUACCAAGGUUGAAGGGAGUACCAGACCCAGCACCAGAGGCCUGCAACAGCGCGAUAGCUUCGAGCGUGUCUGCUGGUGCGGAGGAUCUAGGCAACUCCCUGGCGAUCACGGCGCUGUCGUCGAUCCUGGUGCUGUCGAGAGUCAUUUAAAGGCAAAGUAAGGGGGACCGUUUAUCGAUCGAGAGCCUUCUGAAAGCCGGCAAUCCGGGGUUCAAACAGUUGCACGGGUAUUAGGGCUUCGUUCACGGUCCAGGAUCUCGUUAGUGGUUAACACCCUGUUAAUCGUUUGGGUAGAUCAAUGGAUCCCGGCUACCCAUCGCCGUCGAACGACCACUUUUCUCCCUCCCAUAGAAAAACACGAAGAGAAAGUGGAAGAAAAAGAGGAUUCCAAUCAACAGAGAUUUAGAAAGGAGUUUCGACACAGGGAUUCAACGAGGGAUCAGACUUGUGUCUGUCACCUGCCGUUUAUUAGCAAGAUCCGCCUGUUCGCGAAGCAGAUUCGUUAAGGCCUCGAAGAGCCUCGAUCGCGGCGACUUAAUGGGCAAGGCUGAAAGAUUGAUGAACCGUUGCCGGGAAAACGAGGACAGCCUAACGAGUUACACGUCGCUCGAGUGUCUCCAGCGGGGACUGGGUACUCGAUAGAAGGUUGGACUAUCGAUUCCCCGGGACGGGAGGACGAGAAAUCCCGUGAAGUUAAGGCAAACAGACCUGAAAGAAAGCUGGCGGCGCGAGAAUAUCUUGGUGACCUAGGUCCGAAUCAGUGGAGCUAGGAGAGAAGGGAUCGAUCGGGCAGAAAAUAACGGUGGCAACUGGGAUUUGAAUAAAAAUGCUCCUGGAUGCUAGCAAUUCAGCUGGUCUGAUUCAAAUGAUAAUGUCUGGACAUCUAAUUUGCAUAAAUAAUACCGGGACGCGGCCGGAUCGAUACCGUGACAGGGAAAAACGUGUUCCAGGGUUCCCGUAAACAGUCGCCGUUCCGCUAUUAACCACCUGUUUGUGCAAUCGAUGGCUCGUGACACAAAAGUUUCAUUAGUAAAACGCAACAAGUGCUCCGGUUUUACAUAAGAACGCCACGAAGCCACCGUGAGGAUCAGGGGUUGCUUGGAUCGGUUCCAGAAACACGACCACGUCGUUUCCUCAUCUUCGGCCAGAAUUCGAACACCUCUGGACGAUCACGAACUUCAGAUCUAGAAACAACGGCUGACUUUCUUCGCCUGUUGUUGCCUUUUAAACAGUUUGCAUGAGUUACGGCACGAGAACGACUUAGCACAGGGGUUUUCGAGUAAAAUUGCCUUUGGAAACUUUAGUGUGUCGAAACAGGAAAAUCAUUCCGACCGAGAUCCUUGAAGUAUUUUUGCAAAUAGUCGACGUGCCAGGUUCGGGAGUUCCGGGGAUGAGCGGAAUUCUUGGUCAGGAGGUCGAGACAAAGAGCGUUCGGCAAACAGAGUCCCUCCCUGUAGAAUCCUUUAGCUAAAUCGAUCAAAGACGAGAUUAUCGUGAAGCCGAAAAAGACCUAGAGAUUAUCAGCCAUUGUAGUUUCCUGCUGCCUAGUUAGACCAAUCCAAUCUACGACAGAGCCCGAGAGACGAUGCACUGUUCCAACGUAAACUCCGUUUAGAAUAUUCCAGAGACCCCGACAUGGCUGACACUCAUGAGACUAACGCAAACGAAUCUGGAAAAGCUAAAAUCCUUAAUGAGACACUCGAUCCGAGCGGACGAUCAAACGGUACACGGAUCGAGCCGUGGAAGGUCUCUAAAUCGGGAUUCUCCAAAUCGGUCGACCAUUGAAAACCGGCUUAAGGAUUCAGCAAGGAGGGUUCUCGAAAAUUCAACGGGUUAAGUGCAGACUGGUGUCCUCAUGGUGGCUCGAGAACACCUUCGAACCGGGAGUGCCACUUGCUCGUCGAAACGAAAAACGACCAAGUGGCCAAGGAGAAGGCAGGGCAGCGGAGAGAGGAGCGAGGAAGAAGGGGAGAAGAGGGAAGGAUCGUGUCAGGUUCCCGAGGAAUUCACGCUCCGCUUGUCCGCUCCGCGAAAUUGGACAAACUUGCCUCUUUCUGCCAGCCUUUCGAGCUUCGGGAUCGUUAUAAAUAAAUUCCCUGUCUCGCUGACGCAUUCCAGCACUCGCCGGAAGUCGCCUCUCUUUCACAUCGGACCAUGAAUACGCGCCUAUUCGAAUGCCUCGGGAUUUUCCACGAUCCGUGUACCCGUUGAACCGAAUCGAGUCGCGAUUUCUUGGCUCUUUUGGACACCUGGUCGGCUUAAUCUGGAAAAUACGAUGGAAAUCUAAACAUACGGGUCUGUUUGCUGUUUAUUGGGUCUAUUCUGGAGAAAUUGGAAGUGAAAGUUAAUCGAUUCGGAUGACACGAUGCUUCGGAGUGAUUCGUAAGACUUAGACACCAGCGCCAUCUCGCGGUCGGAAUGGGAACCAGCGGCGUGUCCGCUCUCUAUGCACGCCAUAGUCUAUGUCGCGUUGUUGGAAGCUCCCAUGAUUUCGCAUCAGCACUUCGACCGAAGCUCUGAAAGAGCUCCAAGACGGAAAAACGAACCGCCAGGACAUUUCCGGAUGCAAACAAAUGAACGAUUUCAACGACGAGCGUCUUUCGAUCGACAAUAAAUCUUUACUAAACAAAGAAGAACAACUCCACGGCCUAAAGGGUGGGUCUUUUACACGAACAAUCAUUUCUCAUCAAGCUCUGCACCACUUUUUUCUAUCGAUGUCGAAAUUAUUGUCGCCUCGAGGUUGACGAAAACGUCUGACAACGCGACCCGAAUCUUCCCUAGCGAGGGGAAUGGAGAGCAUCUGCAUUUUGGAAACAGGACGAGACAUCUCGGAAAUCUCUGCUCGAAACUCUACACCCGAUACUCCGUAGUCCUAUACCCUCUCGCAAAUUAUUUUCCAUCCUGUGAAACAGUAUCCAUUGGAUUGCCGUGAAAGUGUCGUCGGUUCUACAGGUUAAUCCGCGAAAGGAUCCACUGGGGGAUGAAAAUUCGGAAAGCACGGACCACGAAGAAAAUAUCAUUAUACACCUUUGAUCUGGACUUUCAAGAUGGGCACAGCUAACAUGACAAUACCAGUCAGCGAAGUAACCGUAGAUAAAUUAAAUUGCUAGAAAAUAUUCAAAAGAACAAAAAAAGAAAAAAAUGAAAAUAAAAAACAAGAGUAAUGAGUAACACGAAAAACAUUAGCAGUCAGGAAAUAAUCUGUCGUUUGUAAGCAGAGAGAGAGGGGAAGAGAGAAAAGGGAUCUUACUAUCCAUUGGGAGAGAGGAGUCCAGGUCAAACUCGAGCGACUCUCGAGAGCCGGAGCGAAUGUCAAGGGUGCACCGCUGAAAUGGCAGCAUUCAUUAAAGAGGAGAAAGAGGAAGGAAUUUUAAGUAAGAAAAAGUAAAUUAAAAAUAAGUCGAAAAAAGGAAAAAAAACAAGAAAAAGAACAGAGGAAAAAUAAUAAAGCUUCUUUAUUCGAGUCAAUUCUCAACUACCGUACACUUCUCCAUCUUCGAACAGACUUUUUAUCGAUCCUCCCAACGUGCAACCGGAAGGAACGCAACGAAGAAAAAACACGAGCACACGAACAAAUAAUUUCGUUUCGUUUUCCCGGACCUUUUUCUUCCGUUUUCCGUGCUGGGAUAAAAAAGCAGGGGAAAAAGCAAAAAGGGUUCGUGCACCCCUGAAGCAUGGGAGAACAGGAGUUAACACAGGGAGCGAAAGGGAAAAAGGAGCGAUUUCUCAGCUUCGUCGCACGGCUGCCAGAUAUUACGAAGAGAAAAGAACAAAAAAAAAAGAAUACAUACAGACCCAUACACAUAUACACACACACACACACACAUACACAUUCGCGCACGCGCAUGCGCGGAGAGAGUUAUACGUAUACACGAAAAGAAUGGCACCUUGUGAAUUAAUCUCGUACACACGUUACAAAACAAAAUAGAAACUUAAGAAAUGUAUUAUUAAGCAAUGUAAAUAUACAUAUACAUAUUAC